UAAAAACUUGUUUCUUGUGUUGUUACAGAUAUAUCAUUACAAUACUUUAGUUUCUAACUUUCUUCGACAAACAGGAAUCAGCAGAAUGCAAAAAUUGUUUUUGUAUUCUCUCAUUGUAGCAGCAAUAUGGCACCAAGGAUUGGCGUUAAUAUGUUAUGAUUGUCUCAUCUGCAACUCGGUUAGUUCUUCUGACGUUUCUGAAGUUUGUCCCGACAUCUCAGGGCUGAAAACAAUGUGCAUCAGUGUAGAGGGAACCGUAUUGGGCAUUGGCACAACAGCGCGGGGUUGUGGAUACGGAACGUCAGAAACAUGCAGUACGUCCUCCAUUUUCGGGGUUACCGGAACCGUUUGCUACUGUGCCACAGAUCUCUGUAACGGGGAUGGAGUCAACGGGGCUGGAGUCACCGAGGCUGCAGUCAACGGGGAUGGAGUCAACGGGGCUGAAGCCCUCAAAAUCAGCGUCAUGAUGGGAACUCUCAUCGCCGGAAUCUUGGCAAAAAUACUGAUGUAACUCAGAAGAGAUUUUUUAAUGAAUUCAAUUUUUAUUUUAUUCAUUUUCGUCAGAAGUGUGUAAAGUAUACAUUUCUGGAUACUUUUCGAGAAGUGCACAAAUUAUAAGUGUCAUCUCAAAUAUGUUGAAUAUUUUCUCGAGUGUAAUAUAAAAGAGGAAAUCAGGUCAAGGAAAAUUAUGGAAAUUGGCAUUAUUUUAAAACAAGCAUCGCCUUGCAUAUUAAUGACAGCUUGUCCCGGGCCUUGUUCAGGUCGAAAACGUAAAUUAGCUAAUAAAAUUCAU